UUAGUGCUCCUUGUUUUUUUAAAGGUACAGAACAGCAAGGAAUUUCGGGAUACAAAAUGGCUUCGAAUUUCCACUUUUGACGCCAGUUGGUGCUCUCAAGGAAGAAUAUUUCAUUUUACAUAACAUUUCUCGUGUAUUUUCACGCAUAAAAACGGAACGAUGUUUAAUUCAUGUUUGGCCCGUGUCAACUCCGGAGCUGCAGUUUAUAAGACUUUCAUCUGUUCCAACUUAAAGUGCUAUCGGGGACCGAGACACCAUCACCAGGUCGUUACAGUCGAUGCUUCUGGGUUAUACUUCCGGAGAACCACAAAUUUAAACCGGAGUUUCAGCCAGGUGCACAGGAAUACAUGUUUUGGGCAGUAUUCGUGCCACAGGCUGACUCCUCAUAGGACUCUCUUGAAACUUCAGGGCAAGGACACGAGAGCAUUUCUGCAAGGUCUCAUCACUAACGACGUGGAGAGUUUGACGGGGGAAGAGGGCAGAAAGGCGCUCUACACCCAUAUGCUGAACAUUCAAGGGAGAACUUUAUUUGAUAUUAUUUUGUAUAGUUUGGAGGGAAAGCAGGGGGAAGAGUCGAGCAGCCUAUUGCUGGAGUGUGACAGCACAGUAUCAGACUCUCUUCAGAAACAUUUAAAGGUCUAUAAGAUCCGUCGGAAGGUGAUCAUUGAGCCCUGCACGGACCUGUCUCUGUGGGCUGUCCUGCCUUCAGGGCAGCUGGGGGAGAGCGAAACUGCUGUCCCAAAAGUGUCUGGCUCUGACCAGAUACUGGUGUGGGAGCCUGACCCUCGAGCUGCAGCAAUGGGGUGGAGACUCAUUGUGAACAAGCAAGUCAACCCACUGGAGAUCCUACCAGCAAGCCAGCUCGGGGGCGCUGAAGCGUAUCAUAAGCACAGGUAUACAAUAGGGCUGCCUGAAGGUGUAAAGGACCUUCCUCCUGGGGGAGCCCUGCCUCUGGAGUCCAACCUGGCCUACAUGAACGGUAUCAGCUUUAUCAAGGGCUGCUACAUUGGGCAGGAACUGACUGCCAGAACCCACCACACUGGCGUGAUCCGGAAGCGCCUCAUGCCUGUACAGCUGACAGAGCCUGUCGCAGCCCCCGAGGGUGCUGCCAUCCUCACUGGAGGUGGGAAGUCUGCAGGGAAACUCCGUGCCAGCCUCGGAGUCCAAGGCCUGGCACUCAUCAGACUAGCUCAAGCCAACGAACCGCUUUUUGUUCAAAUGUCGGACAACACUCUUCUGCAGCUGAAGGCUUCAGUGCCUGACUGGUGGCCAAAAUAUGAUAAACAGUAGUGAUUUAUGACUUAAAAAAAUAAAUAAAUAAAAGUUAAUAUGGGUACUCGCACACAUUGUAUCUUUGGGAAAAGCUGUAAAAACCAAUUGGCAACAGGGAAGUUCAAGAGAAACACCACAUACUGUACAAUAAAUGCAUAUCCACUAAGCAUUUUCUAGAACUAUUUUUAAAAGUUGCAACACUGAUUACUGAUAGAAGCUAUAGCUGAAAUGUUUGUCUUUUUAUGGUAUGUAUAUUAUUUAUUCUGUUUUAUAUGUUCCUGUUUUGAGUGCUUAUUAUUUAAUUAGGCAUUGAGUCAGUGGCUGAGGUGGGAUUUGAACCAGGGACCUUCUGGUUACAAGCCCUUUUCUUUAACCACUGGACCACACAGCCUUAGUGUAACCAGAAGGUCCCCGGUUCAAAUCCCACCUCAGCCACUGAAUCAUUAUGUGACCCUGAGCAAGUCACUUAACCUCCUUGUGCUCCGUCUUUCGGGUGAGACGUAAUUGUAAGUGACUCUGCAGCUGAUGCAUAGUUCACACACCCUAGUCUCUGUAAGUCGCCUUGGAUAAAGGUGUCUGCUAAAUAAACAAAUAAUAAUAAUAAUAAGGGAAUGUAAUACUAAACAUUAUCUACCAGUAAUGGCAUAUCCCACAAAAGCACGAUACAUGCCCCGAGUAGGGUGUGUUUGCUGUAUUUCUUGUUAUAAAUAUUCAGUGUACAACUUGAUUUGCAGUGAAAUAUGUUUGUUUUAAAAAAAGAGGCAAGUACCUUUUUCAGAUGAAUAAUAUAUUAAUGCUUUACAGAUCACUAUACAAUUUAUCAACGUGCUUAUGAAAGUUUGUAUGUAUUGUUUUCAUUUGAGUGUUUGUAAAAAUGGGCUGGUUAAGUUCACAGUUUAAAAAUGCUUGCUUUUGAAUUGUAUUUGGUUUUGGUCUUUAUUGAAACAGAAAAGUAUUAAACCUCCUGUAUGUCAUUCAUUUGAUCAUAGUAAUGAAGGAAGUUAUGGAGUGCAUUUACUUUAUAAUAUGUUUUGCUUUGGAAUUAAUGGUGAAAUGCUUUUGGCUAUGCAAAAUCUAAUCUAAACUUUGCCAAAAUAAUAUUGCAUGAAUUAUUUAUUUAUUUUUACCCUUUUGGGGCGGUGUGAGCUCCAAAGCGGUUAUGGAUAACUAAGAAGCUGUGUUUUUUGUUUCUUGAAUCCCACUGAAGUUAAUACAGGCUCCCAUAUGUGAGAACAAUGGGUUACAAUCUGUUCUCUAAGGUAAAUGCAAAACUAUACAGCAUGACAUACAUGUGUACAUACACUCAGGGUUUAGGUGCCAAAGUUACUAUAAGCCUAUUCUGCUGGAAAGUUAAUAAAAAGCUGCAAAAUAAGUAUUUGGUGUAUUUG